AUGCUUAAUUUCUUUUAAUCGAUUUGCUGCUUUUCCAAUCGUGAGAAGCCUGAUAAAGCAAACAGACCUAUCUAAAAACCAGCUCAAACUAUGUCUAUUUAACCUGUAAUAACCGAGAAUACGUAGAGUCAAGUCUUAGAAAAUGAUAUCAUAGAAACGGAUUAAUACCUUCAAUUAGACAACCAAUACUAUAUUGAAUAACUGGAUUUCCAAUCUUCUAGUGAUAUCCCAUCUACUCAACAGCCUUCUGACUUCAUGUUGUAGGAAGAAGGAAUAAACUACUAACCUAUGCAAGAAGAAGUUGAACAAAGUGCCAAAAAGGAACAAACUGCAACUAGAAAAAAAAGAGUACUCAAACUUUGGGACGCCACUGAAGAUGCUCAAUUACGCGUCCAGUAUGAAAAACACAAUGGGAAAUGGAAUGAAAUUGCUAAGCACAUGCCUGGAAGAAAUGUCUCUUAAUGUUGUUAAAGAUGGAGAAGAUUGCAACCAGUCAAGAUUAUCAAAAGAAAAUAAUGGACUUAAGUAGAAGAUGAAAAAAUCCUUGAAUUAGUCUAAUAACAUGGAAAAAAUUGGAAAUUGAUCGCUUUACACUUUCCGGGUAUUUUGAGUAAACAAAUAAGAGAACGUUAUAUAAAUAAAAUCGAUCCUGAAAUUAACACUGGACCUUGGACUGAAGCUGAAGAUGCAACCAUCAUCAAAUUGUAUUAGGAAUAUGGAGGAAAAUGGAGUCUAAUUUCAUCCCAUCUGAAAGGGAGGCCUGAAAAUAUGGUCAAAAAUCGAUUCUAUUGUUAUAUCAGAAGAGUUCAUCUUGGUGUUUAAAAUCCAUACUAGAUUGUUUACCAUGAGAAUUCUGAUAGUGAACAAGAAAAUUCUAACGAUGAAAUGGAAUUUGAAUGAAAUAUUUCUAACCAUAAUUACAUUAAAUUUAAUUUGUUUUAA